UCGACCGUUGCAAAAUCAUCCACAUUAGCAAAAUUCUCAUUUUUAUCUUUCCUUUUCCUUUGUUCGAUAGCGACGAAAAAUCUUUCCAAGACUUCACUUUGGAAUAACUGUGCUCCGGUUAUAUCUAACUUCUUACCAAAUGUGCUAGCCAUGGUAAGCUUUAGCAAAGAGCGCAAUGGCCACACAGCCAAACUUCCACAGGUGAUCGCGCGGCGCGCAGUGCGCGUCGUGACAUCGCGCAGAAGAGUGGUCGAUUCGGUCGACUCGACGGCGAUCCCCUUUUAAACGCCAUUUCCUUCCCUCGUACUUUCAUAAACCAGCCAAACGAGUAUUCGAGAAUGCAUCAGUGACGUUGCAAAGCCACGUGCUCGUCGUUAUGUUGAGUUUGAGAAGAGUCUGGUUGUUGAAGGAUCGAGCGGCUUGUCAAUUUUCUGACGCGAGCGGAGUCAAGUCGUUUGAUGAAAUUCCAGGACCGAAAGGAUUGCCGCUGGUCGGGACACUUUAUCAAUAUCUACCCUUUAUUGGCGAAUACGAUUUCAAAAAGCUUCACAAAAAUGGCAUGUCAAAGUACGAGAAAUAUGGACCACUGGUACGCGAGGAUAUUGUCCAAGGUCAAUCGACUGUUUGGGUAUUUAGACCCGAAGAUAUUGCCGAAGUGUUCAAAGCUGACGUAGGUCGUUAUCCAGAACGACGAAGUCAUCGGGCAUUGCACAAGUAUCGAGCUGAUCGGCCACAGAUUUAUAAGAAUGGGGGUCUUUUACCCACAAACGGAGUCGAAUGGUGGAAGCUACGAAAAGAAUUUCAGAAAGCUCUAAGCAAGCCGCAAAACGUCACUAAUUACAUAGAAGAUACGGAUGAAGCAAUGAUUAAUUUCGUAGGAAUAUGCGAAAAAAACGCGACGGAAGAUACGCUAUCGAUGCUUUCGCGACUGUUUUUACAAUUACUUUUCCUGUUGACCUUCGAUAAAAAGAUCAAUCCGUUUUCCAAGGAAGAAAUGAAAUCGGAUUCGAUGAGCACCAAAUUAAUCGAUGCAGCUUACAAGACAAACAGCGCGAUAUUGGCGUUAGAUAACGGACCACAAUUUUGGCGAUACUUCAAUACUCCUCUGUACAAGAAGCUAUGCAAAGCCGAAGAAUAUAAAGAAGAAAUAGCAAUAAAACUAGUUGGGGAAAAAAUGGAAUCUCUAAGAGACGUAGAAGAGAAAAGUGCCAAGUCUUUGUUGGAGCAAUAUUUGCUCAACCCUGAAUUAGACUACAAAGACAUUGUUGCCUUUGCAAGUGAUAUGCUCCUUGCUGCAAUCGAUACUACUACGUACAGUACCUCCUUCGCGUUAUAUCACUUAGCUAGAAACUCGGAAGCACAAGAAAAACUAUACGCCGAAACAUCUAAGCUUCUGGUCAAAGAAAUCGAUAGCAUUACAGCAGACACGCUGAGGGAAGCGACUUAUACCAAAGCUGUCAUCAAAGAGACUUUUAGGAUGAAUCCAGUGUCUGUCGGUGUAGGUCGUAUAUUGCAAGAGGACGUUGUUUUAAGUGGUUAUCAAGUUCGCAAAGGCACAAAUGUCGUUACACAAAAUCAAAUAUCUUGCCGACUACCAUGCUAUUUUGAAAAACCAGAUGAUUUCAUACCAGAACGUUGGCUGAAAGAAAUUGGGACAAAGGAAAAACCUUCGAUUCAUCCAUAUUUAGUUUUGCCUUUUGGUCAUGGACCUCGUUCUUGCAUUGCGCGGCGAUUAGCAGAGCAAAAUAUGCAAAUGUUACUUUUACGAAUGUGUCGCCACCUGAAAUUCGAAUGGAAAGGUGGUGAACUCGAUGUGAUUACAGUGCCAAUAAACAAACCAGACGGCCCUAUCAAAAUCCACUAUCAACGUCGUUGAAAAAUCAAAAUACACAUAUACACACAUCUUUAAGUUCUUUAAAAACAUUUGUAUUUCUCAUUAAAACGUACAAAUUAA